AGUGUUUAUCACGGUAAUGAAAAGAAUAAUAAUAAUAUGGUAGAAGAUGAGAGAAACGUCCGCAUAAACAACAAAGUAAUUAGGGCUCGUCCUUAACAUCGGAAUUUUAAAUAAUUGGAUGAUACGCGCGCAUCAAAAACAACUCUCGAUAAACAGCAUUACGCGAGAGACGUUCGAGAGGUCAAGAACUUGAUCGUCAACGUUCUGUGUUCGUAAUUAAAGCGUGAAUCAAGAGCGCAUAAUGGGCUUGAGGUGUUUAUUAUUUAUUUGGUUGGCGGCGAGUGCAGUAUCCGCGACGACGAUGCCCGUAAUUGGGAUUUUGAGCCAGGAGGCUAAAUCGCUGCAAAAGUACUUCCCUGAUGUUCAAUAUCACAGCUACAUUGCAGCGUCUUACGUAAAGUACAUUGAAAGUGCCGGAGCCAGAGUCGUACCCAUAUGGAUAGGACGAGAUGAGCAGUAUUAUAGCGAUAUAGUGAAUAAAACCAACGGAAUUCUGUUUCCGGGUGGUGCGACUUGGUUUUACGAUAAGAAUGGAUAUGCGGACGCAGGUGAGAUGAUCUAUAGAGCGGCGAUCGCAUCGAACGAAGCCGGACGUUUCUUUCCGCUUUGGGGUACUUGCCUCGGGAUGGAGCUCAUCUUUCACGUGGAGUUGGACGGGGUGAACGUUCGAGCGGAUUGCGACAGUCACAAAAUAUCUUUGCCCCUGAAAUUUGUCAGCGAUUAUCGUCAAAGCCGUAUGUUCAGAAACGCAUCGGAUCAGGUGAUUGACGUGUUGUCGAAAGAAGACGUGACUGUGAACAGCCACAUGUUCUGCAUCACGCCGACAAACUUCACCAAGUUCGGGCUGGACAAGUCCUUCAAGUACAUGUCAACGAACGAAGACGUUAACGGGUUGACGUUCAUAUCAUCCUUCGAAUCUACAAAGUAUCCCUUCUACGGAGUGCAAUUCCAUCCCGAGAAGAAUUCCUUCGAGUUCGUCCACAAGCAGGACAGUUACGUGAAUCAUUCGAAGGACGCUGUAACCGUGGCCCAGUACUUUGCCAACUUCUUCGUCGAACAAGCGAGGAAGAACGAGAACUCCUUCCCGACGCCGCAGGAGGAGUACAACCAUUUGAUUUACAAUUUCCAAACGGAAUUUCUGGCCUCGAAGGGCGCCUCGUAUCAGCAGGCCUACAUGUUCACGCAAGCAGACAACGAACGACGAUGAAUCGAUCGAUUACUAUAAAUAACUUUUGUUCAACAUUUCAUCGUCGAUUUAUAAUUCGAUGUUUGUGUUAUGCAAUACAUUUUUUUGUUCGCUUUU